GAAUGUCACUCUCAUGUAUUCAGCGAAGAAAAAUAUAAGAAGGGAUGAGAAAUGCGAAACCUUACGUCGGACAGAAGAUCUAGGAGCCAAGAAGAUACGGGACAAAAAUUGGAGGGGAACAAGGUAAGAAUGGAGGCACUGGAAGCAGUCUCUUCAACUGCUAAUACUCGCAAUAUCCCUCCACAUAAUUCGGAAGCCAAUGAGGACGAGUCAAGUAGAAGAAGGAUGGCAGGAAUCUUGUCAUACAUCACCCAUCUCAUACGUUUCAAGGGCCGACACUCUAUGGAUGGAGUGUCGUCUGCGAAGCAUCACAAAUUGCCUAACAUCUUAUCCCAGAAAUUCUCCACCAUGUUCGCUUCCGCUAAUGAUAAACUGAUUCCUCAUGACAAACUGGAUCUGCUGAUAAGCUACGUUCUGAUGCUCUCUCUCUUUGCUGAUGAUUUUUGCUCUGACCCUUCAGACAUCGCAAGCGAUCUCCGGUUGAACCCUGUGACACUGAGAACUCACUACGAGUUCUUAGGAUGCAAGUUUGUCCGUGAAAACCUGUAUCUGGUCGCGACCCUCCCCGUCCCACUGAACUUCCAGACCAUCAAGACCAAGAGGAGGAGGCAAAAGUAGGUAUG